UUUCUCCUUCUAUAUAUAAAUACAACAAUUAAAGAUGCCUUCCAUUGAUAAAAAAUUACUUGAUACAUCUGCCAAUGCCUACACCUUUUGUCCCAAGUGUGGUGUGGAUGUCACUAUUUAUUCCCAUGAAGAUGAUUGUCCUUGCGUUCGCCAUCAUACACAUUCUGUCACUCUGCUCACCAAAGACUAGACUAUUUCUUACUGCGGAUCUGCCUCACAAGAAGAACAAAAAAAUAACUCUAAAUCACAAAUCAAAUCAAAUCAAAUCAAUCAAAUCAAAUCAAAUCAAAUCAAAUACCCCUUACUCUUUCUCUAUUAGACUGUACAGAUAUCCCACUCUCUCUUUUUUUUUUUUGUAUACCCUCCCAACUUGUAAAUACCUCUUAAAUAAAUCAUUUAUAUAUCAUAAAAAAAA